GCUUUCUAGCAUCUUCCGCCUUUCUUCCCUGCUUUUCCGCUUCUCUGAUUUCGCUGUUUACUCUAGAGAUACAAUUUAUUGUUCGCACUUUCAUCUACUUGUUGAAGUUUGAAUCUCAGUCAAAGCAGUAAUUUUCUGAUGCAUCAAUAUCUGAAGCAGGUCUAUUUGUGCAAGAGUUACUUAAUUGCAAGAUUGAACUGGAAAUUAGGACUUAAUUAGGCCUGAUUAAGAUGGCUUCAGCGCCUAACAAGAUCCCAAAAAACAUGCUCGGAAUUCCCAGUAUACUUGGGCAAGAAAGAUGUAAAAGCUACUUUUUUUUUCAUGGCGAAACUGCGCUUGGAAAUGGGUUGAGGACUUUCUUGUAUUUUCUGUUUCUUGCUUACUGUUUCCUUGGAUUAUCAGCCAUAACUGCCCGCUUCUUCCGGUCCAUGGAGAAUGUUGUGAAGCACACACGUAAAGUGGUAGAGGUUGACCCUUACACUGGGGAAGAAAUUAUUAGGCAUGAGAAAGUGUGGAAUUUCACUAUUGCAGAUAUUAGCUUGCUGGCCUUUGGGACCAGUUUUCCCCAAAUAUCUUUAGCCACUAUUGAUGCCUUGAGGAAUUUGGGAAACCUCUAUGCUGGAGGUUUGGGUCCUGGAACACUUGUUGGUUCUGCUGCUUUCGAUCUUUUUCCUAUCCAUGCUGUUUGUGUUGUGGUUCCAAGAGCUGGGGAAUUGAAAAAGAUAUCCGACAUAGGAGUUUGUCUGGUGGAGCUCUUUUGGUCCUUUUGGGCUUAUAUUUGGUUGUACAUAAUUUUGGAGGUUUGGACUCCAAAUGUGAUUACGCUAUGGGAAGCCUUGUUAACGGUACUUCAGUAUGGAUUACUGUUGACACAUGCUUAUGCUCAAGACAAGCGUUGGCCAUACUUGUCUCUUCCUCUGGAAAGAAGUGAGAGACCAGAAGAGUGGGUGCCAGCUGAGGCAGCUUCACAUAAGCAUGAUGAUAGUGUUGAUAGCUACUCCGAGAUACUUCAAGUAGGUAACGAUAAAGACCGGAAUUUUGUCGAUAUUUUCUCCAUUCAUUCAGAAAAUGGGGCAGCUCCGGUGUAUCAAAAGGUGCCCACAACUGAGGAUGCUGCUGAACCCUCCAACAAAGUUUUGCUACAAGAAACAGCUUUAGAAGAUUCUGACGUACUUGCACUUUGGAAGCAGCAAUUUGUCGAUGCACUCACGUUGGAAACUGCAGAAUCAAGAAAGAUGAAUAGUAGCUGUUUGCGAUUCGCAAGAGUUUCCUGGCAGUUACUUCUGGCUCCAUGGAGAUUUCUCUUUUCCUUUGUGCCUCCAUACACUAUUGCUCAUGGUUGGAUUGCCUUCAUAUCUUCUCUGAUUUUCAUCAGUGGUAUCGCUCACAUAGUGACAAAAAUCACAGAUCUAAUAAGCUGCGUAACAGGAAUAAAUCCUUAUGUCAUAGCAUUUACUGCAUUAGCAAGUGGAACUUCAUGGCCAGAUUUAGUUGCGAGCAAGAUUGCUGCGGAGCGUCAGAUAACGGCAGACUCUGCUAUUGCAAACAUCACUUGCAGCAAUUCAGUGAACAUUUAUGUUGGCAUCGGUGUUCCAUGGCUAAUCAACACUGCCUACAACUUCUUCGUAUAUAGAGAACCACUGAGAAUCGAAAAUGCAGAGGGACUCAGCUUCUCUUUACUUGUGUUUUUCUCUACUUCAGUGGGCUGUAUUGCUGUUCUGGUAUAUAGGCGUCUAACGUUGGGAGCAGAACUUGGAGGGCCAAAGCUCUGGGCCUGGGUUACAAGUGCGUACUUCAUGUUGCUAUGGAUUAUUUUUGUUGUGCUAUCUUCUCUCAGAGUUUCUGGCAUCAUAUAAUUACUCGCGUUUUGUUUUGCUUUGCUUAUACUUUGAUAUAUAAGUAUAGAAAACUGGUUACACUAUUGAGCUUGUAUAAAUAUUGAUUCCUUUAUUUUUCCAGUCUAUGGAUAGUAUAUACCGCACAAUUUGUGCAAUUCAUUUA